UUAUCGGUAUUAUUAUUUAUUAGUCGUUUCUGUCAUAUUUGAAAAGUCAAUAUGUGAGUAAAAUUUCUUGUACAAUUUUGAAAUUAUAGUAGUAUUAUGGGUUCACGUUCUAAGUCUAGAGGCAGUUGUACGCGUCUACUUCCAAGACAGUACUGCGGUCUUUUUGGUAAGAAGAAAAAAUCUAGGAAAAGUCGAACCAGAAGGAGUAGAUCGAGAAAAAGUCGAUUCAGAAGAAGUAGAUGUGGAAGAAGUCGUUCUCGAAGUCGAUCACGAAGAAGAUCCCGAAAGAGAUCGCGAAAAAGUCGUUCUAGGAAAGGACGAUGUGGUAAGAGUCGCUCAAGAAGACGAAGUUCUCGAAAAAGAUCAGGAAGAAGUAAAAAGAGGAUGAGAUGUAGUAGACCAGGUCCCAAAACUAAUAACCCUUUCCUGAACUUUAUGCGAGUAUUCAGACGAAAAUAUUGUGGUAAACCAAUGUCUGAAUUAGCUAUAGAAGGUGCUAAAUGUUGGUGUCAAAUGACUCCCGAGCAAAAAAGGAGAUUUUAUAGAGAAGCUUGUUCAAAAAUUAAAAAGAAAAGAUCCAGAUCCAAAUCAAGAUCAAAAUCAAGAUCAAAAUCAAGGAAAAGUAGACGAUGUGGAGGAAGAAGUCGUAAAAGUAAACGACGUAAAAGUAGACGUCCGAAAAAAAGCAAAAAAGGUAGCCGCUGUCUUUAAGAUAAGAAUGUGAACUAGAGAAAUUUUGGACGAAAUUUAUCCACUUUUGUUUUUGUUUUUCUUUAUCUAUAAUAUUAUUUAUUUAUGAUAUAUUAUAAACAUAUGGAAAGUUC